AAACGUUUUUUGAGGGGGAGCAGACACAUUUAAUGUACCUGGAUCAAUUUUCAAAUUAGUCCUAAAGAAUUUUUAGUGAUUUGUUUUAAUCAAAGAAAUUGCAACAUUGUCGUCAAAGCGCUGUUAUUUUGACAGUUCCUACGGAAAUGGCUACAUUUACGCGCGCGCGCACUUCACGCUCUUCUGAAGUUAACUAUGGUACGUGGUAGGUAACCAGCGUUUUUUUUCUUACGUAGUAACGUUAGUUAGCCGUGAACUUUAAAAACAUAACAAUAGGUAUUGCGCGGACAAGCCGGGGAUAAACGAUGCUUCCUCGCAGGCAGGACUACGGGAUGAAGAGGACCGGAGGACCGCGCAACGGCUCGGUUAUUAACUUUAGGACAACGGUGAACUCGAGCUCCGUGCGCCGCAGCUCCGCCGUGCUGCCGUCGGUGCUAACGUUUCUGGUGAUCGUAGCAUCCGGAGGCCUGCUGCUCAUGAUAGAGAAAGGAAUGCUGAACAGCAUGGAGACGCCUCCACCCCGGGGGAGCGGCAAGCGGCUGGACUUUAUUCGGCAAGUGGGGAAGCACAGCCCGGGCGCUGCGGACGUGGACUCCCAGAUCCUCCAGGAGAUCCGUAAUCGCACCAUCAGGACCAUGUGCAGCCAGAAGAAUAUGCCCCACAGCAUCUGGUCCCUGAGCCCCGUGCAGAGGAAGACGCUGCUGCAGCACAUCCUGGUGAAUGAUCAGUACCACUUCCUGUACUGCUACGUCCCCAAGGUGGCCUGCUCCAACUGGAAGAGGGUUCUCAAGGUCCUGAAUGGAGCUCUGGAGAACGUGGACGUUAACAUCAAGAUGGACCACCGCAGCGACCUGCUGUUUUUGUCCUCCCUUAAACCCGAGGAGAUCCGCUACCGCCUGAAGCACUACUUCAAGUUCAUGUUCGUGCGGGAGCCCAUGGAGCGCCUGCUCUCUGCAUACAGGAACAAGUUCGGAGAGAUCGAGUCCUACCAGAGAAAGUACGGCGUGGAGAUUAUAAAGCGUUACAGAAAAGGCCGCGCUAAGGACUCAUCUGUGACAGGAGACGAUGUAACGUUCGCAGAGUUUGUGCGUUACUUGCUGGACGAGGAUGUGGAGCGCAUGAACGAGCACUGGAUGCCGAUGUACAACUUGUGCCAACCCUGCGCCGUGUCCUAUGACUUCAUCGGCUCCUACGAGCACCUUGAAAGUGAUUCGGAGUUUGUGCUCCAGCGCAUUGGAGCGCCUCCACACGUUCGCUUCCCAGAGAGGCAAACGUGGUACAAGCCGGUCACCACGGAGACGUUGCACUAUUAUCUGUGCACCUUACCACAAAAGCUACUGAGGGAGCUCCUGCCCAAGUACAUUUUAGACUUUUCCCUCUUCACUUAUCCUCUCCCCAACACAACCACUGAACACUGCCGGCAUUAAAAUGUGCGAUUUUUUAUAGCUUUGUGAUUAUUUUUUAUAGAGUAUCAUUUUUUUACUAUUUUUAUUCCUAGGGAACAAAACAGUAUUUUGAUAGCUGUUACACAUUUUUACUUGAGAUGUUUAAAUAUCAUCCAAAAUGCUGAUUAAGAUGGAAACUUCAAAACCACUAAAGCUUGAAAUCAGCUGAAAACAAAGAGAUUUUUUUUUAAAUCACUGUCAACAUGUUCUUUAUCAUGCACUGUUACAGCAAACAAACCAAUUCAGUAUAUAUUGAUGAAAAUGUAAAUAAGGUUGCAAGACCAAACUUUGUAUUUUGCAUGUUUCUUCAUGUACGCAGUGGAUAAGGUUUAAGUGUUUCUAGCCUCUGUGGGCCUUCAGUGGUUUAGCAGGCUAAAACACAAACUCACAGGUUUGUGGCUUUUAAAUCAAGCUUGUCUUUUUUUUUGUUUUACGUCACAGUCCCUCCUCCCCAUCCAUCUUCCAUCUUUUCCAAAACCGCAGACUAUUUACCUUGUAAUAAAACAGAAGUUCAAAUUUUGUGAUGCA